AUGGAUCCAAGGCACAGUGUCAAGGACGUGACCCGAUGCAGUGUGUGUGGGACUUCAGUGAUUGACAUGUACUGUGAGGUCUGUCAUGUCAGCCUUUGCAAGCUUUGCACCGCAGAACACAUUUCUGAUGAAUAUGACAAACAUAAAGUGGUUCCAUUUGAACAAAGAAAUUCAAACUUGAUAUAUCCAAAAUGUGCAACACAUCAGUCUAAAACUUGUGAAUUUCAGUGUAGGGAAUGUGACACAUUUGUUUGCUCUUUAUGUAUGGCAUCAGAAAUACACAGGGGUCAUACAUUUUCCAUCCUGUCAGAAAUCUACAACUUAAAGAAAGAAGCUAUCAAAAAAGACACAGAAGAAUUGAAAAAGAUAGUUUCCCCAAAGUAUGAAGAAAUUGCCAAUUACAUCGAAUCAAAGAUAGCCAGCUUGGACGAGGAAUAUGCGAAACUUACGGAAGAGGUGACAAAACAUGGAGAAGUUUGGCACAGAGAAAUUGACAAGGUCCUCAACAAAACAAAAAAUGAAAUUGAUGACAUUAAACACCAACAUUUGACUGUUUUGCAGAAACAUUUGGAGGAAACCAAAGAGAUUCAUUCUCUUAUUGAGCAAACAAUUGUUUCAAUGAAAGAAAUGGAGGGAUCGAAUGAAAUGUCUCUAACAAUGGCAUACAAGUCCAAAAAUAAAGAAUUCCGUAAAUUUCCCCCAAGACUUCAAGUGUCACUUCCAACAUUCAUUCCAAAAACAAUGGACAGGGAACAAUCUUCCAAAUUGUUUGGAACUUUAAUACCAUUAUCUAUGGCAAGCGUAGAAAAUGGCUAUAAACAGAUACUCAAAAUUACACCCCGAAAACUGUUGGAUAAACCAGAGCUAAUCACCACCAUCAGCACCGAGUAUGAAUACCUUUGCUGUGUGACUUGUUUCAAUGAUGAAGAAAUCUGGACAAGUGGAGUUGUAAGCGAUAUAACAUGCUUCGACAGUCACGGUUCACUAAUAAAGACUAUAAAAACUAAGUCUGGAGGAUGGUUGUACGAUAUAGCAGUUACUGCCGAGGGAGAUCUAGUGUAUACUGAUUGUAACACAACAACAGUGAAUAAAGUAAAGAAUGGUCAAACAGAGGAGAUAAUCAGUCUUCAGGGAUGGGAUCCCAGAAAUCUCUGUGUUACCUCCUGCGGUGACCUCCUGGUCAUAAUGUUUCGCGAUGAUAAAACAGAAACCAAAGUCGUUCGUUAUUCAGGCUACACAGAGAAACAAACGAUUCAGUUUGAUGAUGAGGGAAACCCGCUAUAUCCAGGCAACAGCAACAUUGAAUACAUCACUGAGAACAGAAACCUGGAUAUUUGUGUGGCUAACUAUACAGCUGGUGACGUAGUCGUGGUCAGUGAGGUUGGAAAACUCCGAUUUAGAUAUACUGGUCAACAAUCUACGGAAAAUGACAAAACUUUUCAACCUCAUGGCAUCGCCACGGACAGUCAGUAUCAGAUUCUGAUUGCGGACUACAAUAACAGUCGUAUUCACAUCUUAGACCAAAACGGACAAUUUAUCCGCUAUAUAGAUAACUGUGGUCUAACGACACCAUACGGUUUGUGUGUCGAUUCAGACGACAAUCUGUUUGUGGCUGAAUUUUCAAAUGGGACAGUAAAGAAAAUCAAAUAUCUAAUGUAGAUAAUAUAAGAUAAAGGUAAAUUGAGUACUCACUAUAAAUAUGUUGCUAUCGAUUUUUGACUAAAAUAUCACUAAAGAAAAUGUGCUGCAAAUAAAUUAAGCCAGACCUCAAAA